CAAGAAUCAACAUUCAUUCUUUUGCUCGCUUGAUUGUUCUAUCUGACUUUUAGUGCUAUUGCACCUUUUCACUCACUUCCGCUUACUGUCCUUCGCACCUUCCAUUCCUUUGUUAGUAAAGCUGGUCUUGCGCGCCACUCUUUCCAUCAGUUACAGGCAUACCACAACGAGUUCGGACCCUACGGUCGCAUCUUCACUUGAGCCUUGCAUGCUUAACAGUGUCCCAACAUGAAGUUCUCCAGCAUCCUUGCGGGCGCUGCCUUCUUUGCCAGCAGCGUUGUCACCGCUGACCUGGACCCUAUCGUUAUCAAGGGCUCUAAAUUCUUCUACAAGAGCAAUGACACCCAAUUCUAUAUCCGCGGUGUCGCCUACCAACAGGAAUAUUCCGGUCCAAAGUCUGAUACAAACAACUACAAGGACCCCCUGGCCGAUGUGGAGGCAUGCAAACGUGAUGUCCCUUACCUCCAGAAGCUCAAUGCCAACACUAUCCGUGUCUACGCAGUCGACCCUAAGGCGGACCACAAGGAGUGCAUGAGCCUCCUCAGUGAUGCUGGAAUCUACGUCAUUGCGGACUUGUCUUCUCCUUCAGAGUCUAUCAUCCGUAACGACCCCAAGUGGGACUUUGAUCUCUACCAGCGCUACGCAUCUGUUGUGGACGAACUGUCCCAGUACAGCAACGUUAUUGGUUUCUUUGCAGGCAACGAAGUAUCCAACGACCCCGAGACAACUGAUGCGAGUGCCUUUGUCAAGGCCGCUGUGCGUGACAUGAAGCGGUAUAUCAAGGCCAAGAACUACCGCCCGAUGGGGGUUGGAUAUGCUACCAAUGACGACUCAUCUAUUCGUGUGGAUAUGGCCGAUUACUUCAACUGCGGUGAAGAGGAAGACAGCAUUGACUUUUGGGGUUACAACGUUUACUCGUGGUGUGGCGACUCCAACUACGAGAAGUCUGGCUACAAGUCCCGCACCGAGGAGUUCAAGGACUACUCCAUUCCUGUCUUCUUCGCCGAAUAUGGUUGCAAUGCAGUCACUCCGCGCAAGUUCACUGAAGUCGAGGCACUCUAUGGCGACAAGAUGGCCGAGGUCUGGUCCGGCGGUAUUGUCUACAUGUACUUCCAGGAGGAUAACAACUACGGUCUGGUCUCUAUCAACAACGGAAACGCCAAGACCCUUGAAGACUUCAGCUAUCUCUCCAAGCAACUUGCCUCUGCAACACCCUCCGGUACCAAGAAGGCCGACUACAACCCCACAAACACCGCGCUUGAGUCUUGCCCAACCACCGGAAAGAAAUGGCUCGCCGCCGCCUCUCCUCUCCCUCCUUCGCCCAACUCGGAUCUCUGCAGCUGCAUGGAAAAGAGCCUCUCUUGUGUCGCCAAGUCUGACAUCUCUGGCAAGAAGCUCUCCUCCACCUUCAGCACUGUCUGCGGCUACCAGGGCGGCAAGUUCUGUGAAGGCGUUUCGGGCAAUGCCACCACAGGCAAAUAUGGUGCUUACAGUGUCUGCACUCCCAAGCAGCAGCUUUCUUUUGCCAUGAACCAAUACUACGAGGCCCAGGCCGAACAGGGUAACGGACAGGACGCGUGUGACUUUGAUGGCGCUGCCACGAGCCAGAGCACCAGUGAGCCGACAGCUGCUUGCUCUUCCCUACUGAGUCAGGCUGGCUCUGAUGGAACGGGCUCUGUCAAAGCUUCGCCUACGGCUGCAAGCGGUGGUUCCGGCGGCAGCGGAGAUGCUGGUGCCGACACCUCUGAGGGAGCUGCAUUCGCUCUGUCCCCUGGAAGUGUCCAUGUUGGUGUCUUCCAGGUUGGCGCGUAUGUUACCACUGCCAUUUUUGCCGGCGCUGCUAUGAUUCUCUUGUAGAUUGAUUAUUCUUGAUCUACCGUACUUACGCAUUACACUGCAGCGCAACACUGUUGCGACUGUAAUGUGGAUGUGUACAGUAAUUGUAUCUUAUGUGCCCACCAAUCGUUAUCAUGUUUCGCUUGGCUGUUUGAUAGAUAACCCGAGCAACUAGUAUUGUAUAAUUCUGCUUCUGCUCAUGAAACAUUCUUUGCUUGU